AAGUUCUAAGUGAGACCCUUCGAGUCAUCUGGGAAAAUGGUGGCCCUGUCCUUAAAGAUUUGCGUCCGCCAUUGCAACGUGGUGAAGACCAUGCAGUUUGAACCAUCUACAGCUGUGUAUGAUGCCUGCCGAGUCAUUCGGGAACGGGUACCAGAGGCACAAACAGGACAAGCUUCUGACUAUGGGCUGUUUCUUUCGGAUGAAGACCCCAGGAAAGGGAUUUGGCUGGAAGCAGGCAGAACACUGGAUUACUACAUGUUGCGAAAUGGGGAUAUUUUGGAGUAUAAAAAGAAACAGAGGCCUCAGAAAAUCCGGAUGCUGGAUGGGUCUGUGAAAACAGUGAUGGUGGAUGACUCCAAGACGGUGGGGGAGCUCCUGGUCACCAUUUGCAGCAGGAUAGGAAUAACGAAUUAUGAAGAAUACUCUUUAAUCCAAGAAACCAUUGAAGAAAAGAAAGAGGAAGGGACGGGUACACUUAAAAAAGAUAGGACGCUGUUACGAGAUGAGAGGAAGAUGGAGAAGUUGAAGGCCAAGCUUCACACAGACGAUGACUUAAAUUGGCUGGAUCACAGCCGAACAUUCAGAGAACAAGGAGUGGAUGAAAAUGAGACGUUGCUGCUCAGGCGGAAGUUCUUCUACUCUGAUCAGAAUGUAGACUCGAGAGACCCCGUGCAGCUGAACCUGCUUUAUGUCCAGGCACGGGAUGAUAUCCUGAACGGCUCCCACCCUGUGUCCUUCGAAAAAGCCUGUGAAUUUGGUGGAUUCCAAGCUCAGAUACAGUUUGGACCUCAUGUAGAACAUAAACAUAAACCUGGAUUCUUAGAUUUAAAAGAAUUCCUGCCCAAAGAGUACAUCAAGCAGAGAGGAGCUGAAAAGAGAAUAUUUCAGGAGCAUAAGAACUGUGGAGAGAUGAGUGAAAUAGAAGCCAAGGUCAAGUAUGUAAAGCUAGCCCGGUCCCUCCGGACAUACGGUGUAUCUUUCUUCCUAGUGAAGGAAAAGAUGAAAGGCAAGAACAAGCUGGUGCCUCGCUUGCUGGGAAUCACCAAGGACUCUGUGAUGCGCGUAGACGAGAAGACCAAGGAGGUGCUGCAGGAGUGGCCUCUCACCACGGUCAAGCGCUGGGCCGCCUCACCCAAGAGCUUCACACUGGACUUUGGGGAGUAUCAGGAAAGCUACUAUUCAGUACAAACCACGGAGGGAGAACAAAUAUCUCAGCUGAUUGCAGGAUACAUUGACAUCAUCCUCAAAAAGAAACAAAGUAAAGACCGAUUUGGCCUAGAAGGCGAUGAGGAGUCAACUAUGUUGGAAGAGUCGGUUUCCCCAAAAAAGUCCACCAUCUUGCAGCAGCAGUUCAACAGGACAGGCAAGGCAGAGCAUGGCUCAGUGGCACUGCCAGCUGUGAUGCGCUCAGGCUCCAGUGGGCCUGAGACCUUCAACAUUGGCAGUAUGCCCUCACCACAGCAGCAAGUCAUGGUUGGGCAGAUGCACCGAGGCCACAUGCCUCCACUGACCUCAGCCCAGCAGGCCCUUAUGGGGACCAUCAACACAAGCAUGCAUGCUGUCCAGCAGGCCCAGGAUGACCUCAGUGAGCUUGACUCACUGCCACCUCUCGGCCAGGAUAUGGCGUCUAGGGUAUGGGUUCAGAACAAAGUGGACGAAUCCAAACACGAAAUUCAUUCUCAAGUCGAUGCUAUUACAGCUGGAACGGCUUCAGUCGUUAACCUCACGGCUGGUGACCCUGCAGACACUGACUACACAGCCGUGGGAUGUGCAAUCACCACUAUUUCUUCCAACCUGACGGAGAUGUCCAAGGGUGUGAAGCUGUUGGCAGCUCUCAUGGACGAUGAGGUUGGCAGUGGGGAGGACUUGCUCCGAGCUGCAAGGACCCUCGCUGGGGCAGUGUCCGACUUGCUGAAAGCUGUGCAGCCUACUUCUGGAGAGCCUCGACAGACCGUUUUGACUGCUGCUGGAAGCAUUGGACAAGCCAGUGGAGAUCUUCUGAGACAGAUCGGAGAGAAUGAGACUGAUGAGCGGUUCCAAGAUGUUUUGAUGAGUUUGGCCAAAGCUGUCGCCAAUGCUGCUGCCAUGUUGGUGCUGAAGGCCAAGAAUGUUGCCCAAGUGGCUGAAGACACUGUCCUACAGAACAGGGUGAUCGCUGCUGCCACUCAGUGUGCCCUUUCCACUUCUCAGCUUGUGGCAUGUGCCAAGGUGGUGAGCCCCACCAUCAGCUCCCCCGUGUGCCAGGAGCAGCUGAUUGAGGCAGGGAAACUUGUGGAUCGCUCAGUGGAGAACUGCGUCCGAGCCUGCCAGGCAGCCACUGGGGACAGUGAGCUCUUGAAGCAAGUCAGUGCGGCAGCCAGCGUGGUCAGCCAGGCCCUGCAUGACCUCCUGCAGCAUGUGCGGCAGUUUGCCAGUCGAGGAGAGCCCAUCGGCCGCUAUGACCAAGCCACCGACACCAUCAUGUGUGUCACUGAGAGCAUCUUCAGCUCCAUGGGUGAUGCUGGUGAGAUGGUGCGCCAGGCCCGGGUCCUGGCCCAGGCCACUUCGGAUCUUGUCAAUGCCAUGAGGUCAGAUGCAGAGGCUGAAAUUGACAUGGAAAAUUCAAAGAAGCUCCUGGCAGCAGCAAAGCUAUUGGCUGACUCCACUGCUCGCAUGGUAGAAGCUGCAAAGGGAGCUGCAGCUAACCCAGAGAAUGAAGACCAGCAGCAAAGGUUGAGAGAAGCUGCCGAAGGUCUCCGGGUAGCAACCAACGCUGCUGCCCAGAAUGCUAUUAAGAAAAAAAUUGUCAACCGGCUGGAGGUUGCUGCUAAGCAGGCUGCAGCUGCGGCCACACAGACCAUCGCAGCCUCUCAGAAUGCAGCUGCAUCCAACAAGAACCCUGCAGCCCAGCAGCAGCUGGUCCAGAGCUGUAAGGCAGUGGCUGAUCACAUCCCUCAGCUGGUCCAGGGGGUGAGAGGGAGCCAGGCUCAAGCAGAAGACCUUAGUGCCCAGCUGGCUCUCAUCAUCUCCAGCCAGAACUUCCUCCAGCCUGGAAGCAAGAUGGUGUCCUCUGCCAAGGCUGCGGUGCCCACUGUGAGCGACCAGGCCGCAGCCAUGCAGCUGAGCCAGUGUGCCAAGAACCUGGCAACCAGCUUGGCCGAGCUGCGCACCGCCUCGCAGAAGGCCCAUGAAGCCUGUGGUCCUAUGGAAAUUGAUUCAGCUCUGAAUACGGUGCAAACUCUUAAGAAUGAGCUUCAGGAUGCCAAGAUGGCGGCCGUGGAGAGUCAGUUGAAGCCACUUCCAGGAGAAACGCUGGAAAAAUGUGCUCAGGACCUGGGAAGCACCUCGAAAGCAGUGGGCUCCUCCAUGGCCCAGCUCCUCACCUGCGCAGCUCAAGGCAACGAGCACUAUACAGGAGUGGCUGCUAGAGAGACAGCCCAAGCUCUGAAAACACUGGCCCAGGCUGCUCGGGGAGUGGCUGCAUCUACGAGUGACCCCACUGCUGCCCAUGCCAUGCUAGAUUCUGCCCGAGAUGUGAUGGAGGGCUCUGCCAUGCUCAUUCAAGAAGCCAAGCAGGCCCUGAUUGCACCUGGAGAUGCAGAGAGUCAACAGAGACUAGCCCAGGUGGCCAAAGCUGUCUCUCACUCCUUGAAUAACUGUGUGAAUUGCCUACCUGGGCAGAAGGAUGUAGAUGUGGCCUUGAAGAGCAUUGGAGAGUCCAGCAAGAAGUUGCUUGUGGAUUCGCUACCUCCGAGCACAAAGCCCUUCCAGGAAGCCCAGAGUGAACUGAAUCAGGCAGCAGCUGAUCUGAACCAAUCUGCUGGGGAAGUUGUCCAUGCCACCCGGGGCCAGAGUGGAGAGCUGGCAGCAGCCUCCGGAAAGUUCAGUGAUGAUUUUGACGAAUUCCUCGAUGCUGGCAUUGAGAUGGCUGGCCAAGCACAGACGAAAGAAGACCAGAUCCAAGUGAUAGGGAACCUCAAGAAUAUUUCUAUGGCAUCCAGCAAGCUACUGUUAGCGGCCAAGUCUCUCUCUGUAGAUCCAGGAGCACCCAAUGCAAAAAAUUUGCUGGCUGCAGCUGCAAGAGCUGUGACAGAGAGCAUCAAUCAGCUCAUCACCCUGUGCACCCAGCAAGCCCCCGGGCAGAAGGAGUGUGAUAACGCCCUGCGGGAGCUUGAGACUGUCAAGGGGAUGUUGGACAAUCCCAAUGAACCCGUUAGUGACCUCUCUUACUUUGACUGCAUUGAGAGUGUGAUGGAAAAUUCCAAGGUUUUGGGAGAGUCAAUGGCAGGAAUUUCACAGAAUGCCAAGACAGGGGACCUCCCUGCCUUUGGGGAGUGUGUGGGGAUUGCAUCCAAGGCGCUCUGUGGGCUGACAGAGGCUGCAGCUCAGGCUGCAUACCUGGUCGGCAUCUCUGAUCCAAACAGCCAGGCAGGACACCAGGGCCUGGUGGACCCCAUCCAGUUUGCCAGGGCUAACCAGGCUAUCCAGAUGGCAUGCCAGAACUUGGUGGACCCUGGCAGUAGCCCAUCACAGGUUCUGUCAGCUGCCACAAUUGUGGCCAAGCACACCUCGGCUCUCUGCAAUGCCUGCCGCAUCGCCUCAUCUAAGACAGCCAACCCUGUGGCCAAGAGGCACUUUGUCCAGUCAGCCAAGGAGGUCGCCAACAGCACCGCCAACCUGGUGAAGACCAUCAAGGCCCUGGAUGGGGACUUCUCUGAAGACAACCGCAAUAAGUGCCGUAUUGCCACCGCGCCCUUGAUUGAAGCAGUAGAAAACCUAACAGCAUUUGCAUCAAACCCUGAGUUUGUCAGUGUUCCCGCCCAGAUCAGCUCUGAGGGCUCCCAGGCACAGGAACCAAUCCUGGUCUCAGCCAAGACUAUGCUGGAGAGCUCAUCAUACCUCAUCCGCACUGCACGCUCUCUGGCCAUCAACCCCAAAGACCCACCUACCUGGUCUGUGCUAGCUGGACAUUCACACACUGUAUCUGACUCCAUUAAGAGUCUCAUCACGUCUAUCAGGGACAAGGCCCCUGGGCAGAGGGAAUGUGACUACUCCAUUGAUGGCAUCAACCGAUGUAUCCGGGACAUUGAGCAAGCCUCUCUGGCAGCUGUCAGCCAGAGCCUGGCAACGAGGGAUGACAUCUCUGUGGAGGCCCUACAGGAGCAGCUGACUUCAGUGGUACAGGAAAUCGGGCACCUUAUCGAUCCCAUCGCCACAGCAGCUCGGGGAGAGGCAGCGCAGCUGGGACAUAAGGUGACACAGUUGGCGAGCUACUUCGAGCCCUUGAUCUUAGCUGCAGUAGGUGUCGCCUCCAAGAUUUUGGACCAUCAACAGCAGAUGACAGUGCUGGACCAAACCAAGACACUGGCAGAGUCUGCCCUGCAGAUGCUGUAUGCAGCCAAAGAAGGUGGAGGAAACCCCAAGCAGGCUCAGCAUACCCAUGACGCCAUCACAGAAGCCUCCCAGCUGAUGAAGGAAGCCGUGGACGACAUCAUGGUGACACUGAACGAAGCUGCCAGUGAAGUGGGGCUGGUGGGAGGCAUGGUGGACGCCAUUGCAGAGGCUGUGAGCAAGCUGGAUGAAGGCACCCCUCCAGAACCAAAGGGAACAUUCGUCGACUACCAGACAACUGUGGUUAAAUACUCCAAAGCCAUUGCUGUGACAGCUCAGGAAAUGAUGACUAAGUCGGUUACUAACCCGGAGGAGUUGGGAGGAUUGGCUUCACAAAUGACCAGUGACUAUGGGCACCUGGCUCUCCAGGGCCAGAUGGCAGCAGCCACGGCCGAACCAGAGGAGAUCGGAUUCCAGAUUCGCACGCGUGUACAAGACCUGGGCCACGGCUGUAUCUUCCUGGUGCAGAAGGCAGGGGCCCUCCAGGUGUGCCCCACAGACAGCUACACCAAAAGGGAACUGAUCGAGUGUGCCCGUGCUGUCACAGAGAAGGUGUCCUUGGUGCUCUCAGCUCUCCAGGCUGGGAACAAGGGGACACAAGCAUGCAUCACAGCUGCCACUGCUGUGUCUGGGAUCAUCGCUGACCUGGACACCACUAUCAUGUUUGCAACAGCAGGGACGCUGAACGCAGAGAAUAGUGAGACCUUUGCAGACCACAGGGAGAACAUUCUGAAGACGGCCAAGGCCUUGGUGGAAGACACAAAACUGCUUGUGUCAGGGGCGGCGUCCACUCCAGACAAGCUGGCCCAGGCAGCUCAGUCCUCAGCAGCCACCAUCACCCAGCUGGCUGAGGUCGUCAAGCUGGGGGCUGCCAGCCUGGGCUCUGACGACCCUGAGACCCAGCAAGCAUCCUUCCACCCUGACGUCAGCGAGGAGGUACGAUCUAGAGCCUUGCGGUACGGGACGGAAUGCACCCUGGGCUACCUGGACCUUCUGGAGCAUGUCUUGGUGAUUCUUCAGAAACCAACACCAGAACUCAAGCAGCAGCUGGCUGCUUUCUCCAAGCGUGUCGCAGGUGCAGUGACUGAGCUCAUCCAGGCAGCGGAAGCCAUGAAAGGAACAGAGUGGGUGGAUCCAGAAGACCCAACCGUCAUUGCAGAAACGGAAUUAUUGGGGGCUGCAGCAUCCAUUGAGGCUGCUGCUAAGAAGUUAGAGCAACUGAAGCCAAGAGCAAAACCUAAACAAGCAGAUGAGACCUUGGAUUUUGAAGAACAGAUCUUGGAAGCUGCUAAAUCCAUUGCUGCCGCUACAAGCGCCCUGGUCAAAUCAGCUUCUGCAGCCCAGAGGGAGCUGGUGGCCCAAGGAAAGGUGGGCUCCAGCCCCGCCAAUGCUGCCGAUGACGGACAGUGGUCACAGGGACUCAUUUCUGCCGCCCGGAUGGUGGCAGCUGCAACCAGCAGUCUCUGUGAGGCCGCCAAUGCCUCUGUUCAGGGACAUGCCAGCGAGGAGAAGCUCAUCUCAUCUGCCAAGCAGGUCGCUGCUUCCACAGCUCAGCUGCUUGUGGCCUGCAAAGUGAAAGCCGACCAGGACUCAGAGGCCAUGAGGCGGCUACAGGCAGCAGGGAAUGCUGUGAAAAGAGCCUCAGACAAUCUUGUUCGUGCAGCCCAGAAGGCAGCAUUUGGCAAAACUGACGACGAUGAUGUCGUAGUGAAAACGAAGUUUGUCGGGGGCAUUGCUCAGAUCAUCGCUGCCCAGGAGGAAAUGCUAAAGAAAGAAAGAGAACUGGAAGAAGCAAGGAAAAAGCUGGCCCAGAUCCGCCAGCAGCAGUAUAAAUUCCUACCCACUGAGCUGAGGGAGGAUGAGGGCUAAGUCCAGGCCAGGAUGGCGAGCCCCAGGAGCUAGCCCUGCAAGAACUGGACAGACAGUGUUUCUGAGAGCCAGGCACUUACCUGGAAACUGCCAGCCCCUUCUCCCCGGGGCGAGUCCAGAGCCCUGAGUCCUGUUCUCACUUCUCUGUCCUGUUGGCACCGGCUGCAUGAUCCUGAUGUCACACGGUACAGUGUCCCACCCACAGCUCCUCCGCCGCCUCCCCUUGUGCCUCGCCAUAUCUCAGGAGAGAGGGGUGCACGUUUUGUGAACUGUUACCAAAAAAGAGAAGUCAGUAUUAUGUCGUUCUCAGACACUUUUGCUUUCGUUGGUCUUCUCAAGGCCUGCUGCUGGGCCUCUUUGUGAAAUCAUACUAGGAAAAACAAAACAAAAACACAGUGGUCCUGGGGGAA